AUGAAUACCUUUGAAAAAGAGGUGAUAAUUAGGGCAAUGUCGAAGUGUCUGUCGACCACUGAUGGACAGGAUAAGUUACUUAAGGGUAGUGGUGCAUUAAUGAAGCUUUUGUUUUGUUUUUGUGGAAUAAAAUCACUUCUUGAUUUUGCUGACUCUGCCUCUGAAGGGCGGUCCCUCCUGCGAUUGUUGUCAUGGUUAUCCAAUCUUCAAAUUGUAUACAAUACCCUCCAAAAAGACCCCUCUGGUAUAAGAGAUGUUAUCUAUUUAGCUCGUAUUAUUGGUGAUGGUAUUUUUAAGAUUUGUGAUAAUGUUGCCUUUCUUGGGAUUAAAUUUCAAGGAUACACGGAUGUCUCUCAAGAUUUUGCCCGUGCCUCUCGUGCUGGACUUUUCUGGGGAUUCUUUGCAGCUGUGAUGCUCAGCUUAUAUGAUUUACGGUACGAUCGUUAUACUGUAAACAAUAAAAGGCGUUACAUUACACUCGUUCAAAAUCUAUGCGACUUGCUGACCGCAGCUUCUACUAUUCGUUUUGCAGGAUUUGAAAUGAAUCUUUUUUGGCAAUCUUUGCUGACUUUGGUUAGUGUUUUAUUGAGCUGCGCAGACUGUUUUCGUGCGGCCACCAUUAAAGCCAAAACAUCAUAA